AUGAAGUUCUCAGACCGUCAUGAGCCUGAGAGCUGUGUGAGGUUCAUACAGGAGGACAAGGACACAGAGAGAGAGACAUGCAGAUCUCUGACAGACGGCAGCCCGCUGACCUGGUGGCUGGACCGGGAGGGAGAGAGGCGGAGCUACUGGGGAGGCUUCCUGCCCGGAGUCCAGCAGUGCUCCUGCAGCCUGGAGGAGAACUGCAUCGACAUGAACUUCUUCUGCAACUGUGACGCCGACUCAGACGGAUGGGCCAAUGACACGGGCAUCCUCUCCUAUAAAGACCACCUUCCAGUGAGCCAGGUGGUGGUGGGGGACACGAACAGGACGGGCUCGCAGGCCGUGUACCACGUGGGUCCUCUGCGUUGUUAUGGAGACAAGUCGAUUUGGAACGCCGCGUCGUUCUACCAGGAAUCCUCCUACCUCUACUUCCCGACCCUGCAGGCCGAGCUCGCCUCCGAUAUCUCCUUCUACUUCAAGACCAGCGCCCCUUCAGGGGUGUUUCUGGAGAACCUCGGCCUCAAGGACUUCAUCCGAUUGGAGCUGAGCACUCCCUCCAUGGUGACGUUCUCCUUCGAUGUGGGGAACGGUCCGGUGCUCCUGUCCGUGAAGUCCCACCUCCCCCUGAAUGACAGACAGUGGCACUACGUGAGGGCAGAGCGGAACGUGAAGGAGGCCUCCCUGCAGGUCGACCAGCUCCCGCUCCGCUUCCUGGAGGCUCCGGCUGACGGACACCCUCGCCUACGGCUCAACAGCCAGCUGUUUGUAGGAGGAACUGCGUCCCAGCAGCGAGGCUUCCUGGGUUGCAUCAGGACCCUGAUUGUAAACGGCGUGAGCUUCGACCUGGAGGAGAGAGCCAAGAUGACGCCUGGCGUGAGCUCCGGUUGCCCGGGUUACUGCAGCGGCUCCAGCAGCCUCUGCCACAACAGAGGGAGGUGCAUCGAGAAGAGCAACGGCUACGUGUGCGACUGCUCCCAGUCGGCGUACGGGGGAACCACCUGUGACCAAGAGGUGUCGGUGUCCUUCGACUCGGACUCCUCGGUGACCUACACCUUCCAGGAGCCGUUCUCAGUGAUGCAGAACCGGAGCUCGCAGGCCUCCAGUGUGUCCACAGAGAGCAGCAGCAGAGCCAGAGAGGACGUGGCCUUCAGCUUCGUCACCUCCCAGCGGCCCGCCAUGCUGCUGACUGUCAGCACCUUCAGCCAGCAAUACAUCGCCGUCAUCCUCGCCAAGAACGGGAGUCUGCAGAUCUGGUAUCACCUCCAGACGGACAGGAGUCCGGACGUGUUCAGGCCGGCGCUCGGAAACCUGGCAGACGGGCGGCUCCAUCGGAUCCGGAUCCACAGAGUGGGGAAGAACCUCUAUGUACAGAUCGACCAGGACAUCCACACAAAGUACACACUGUCAUCCGAUGCAGAGCUGAUCCUAAUCAGAUCCCUGACCUUGGGCAAAGUCACCAGAGGAGAGAGCUUCAGCGAUGAGGUGAUGAGAGCAGCGUCCAAAGGGUUCGUGGGCUGCCUCUCCUCGGUCCAGUUCAACCACGUGGCGCCGCUGAAGGCAGCGCUGACCAACAGAGGAAGUUCACUGGUCACCAUCAGAGGUCCUUUAGUCCAAUCCAACUGUGGAGCUCUGGCAGAGUCCACCUCACACACACUGCAAGAUCAAACUGCAACCGCCAACAAAGAGAAGGAGCAGCACAGCAGCGGCAGCCAGAAGGACUUGGCUGUAAUAGCAGGUGUGGUCACAGCGGUGGUCUUCAUCGCCGUGUGUGCGCUGGCUGUGAUAAGCCGCCUCCUCUACCAGCAGCGGCGGGCCCAGAGGAGCAGCAGCAGCAGCAUCAAAGAGGAGAACAGACACACCGUGUACACGGACUACAGGACAGAGCUGCACCUCCACAACACAGUCAGGGACAACAUGAAGGAGUACUACAUCUGAGCGCCGCUCUCUGCGGACGCCACAGACUUACCUCUCUCUCUCAUAAAGGACGACCCGGUGGACGAGCGGCUGCAGGAUCUCUAACCACUAAAACACGUGUGUGUCCUGGACGUGUCUCAGGAACACUGACCUGCAGCUCGCCGUCCUCCUGCUGAAGCGAGGAGUCAGCUGUUGGUGUGUGUGGUGUUGGUGUCAGAAUCAAGCUGCUGUGGUUUCUGUGGUUUCUAAAAUGUGUACGCUGAGGAGGGACGCCGAGCCGCGGCGGACAGACGGACUCAACCCUCUCAGCUUGAAGACUUUUGGUUCGAACCCUCUGAUGCUGAACUCUUCCACACUCGGUGGACUCUCUGCUAACUUGUACUCGCGGUCGGGGGAUGUAGGCGGGGCCUGUAAGAUACGCGCUGCUGCUGUCUUUGUUUUCAGUGGUGGUGAAUGUUGUAGAAGAAGAAACGGGACAUACUGCCUAUACUGUACGAGUGCCUAAUCUGCAUACCACUUUUGAUUUCAGCAUCUUAGAACUUAUUCAUGUGGUCCGCAUUAACAUAGAGAGGAGCUUCAUGUGUUUCUGUACUGUGAGUUUAGACCAUGGACCACAUCAGUAGGAGGUCCAGGAGAGACCGGGAGAGACCAGGACUCUGGUUCUGUUCACUCUUUAGCAGCAUGGACGUUUCGACACAAAGAUAAGAUCUUCAGAGAGCCGACAGACUCCUGAUAGUCAGUCGAAUCGUUCUGUAAGAAGAAGUCUCACCUGAUUGGUGUGCAGCAGCAGCUCGGGAUGCAGCAGCCGGGCGUGCAGCAGCUGUGCGUGCAGCAGCCGUGCGUGCAGCAGCCGGGCGUGCAGCAGCCGGGCGUGCAGCAGCCGUGCGUGCAGCAGCCGGGCGUGCAGCAGCCCGGCGUGCAGCAGCUCGGCGUGCAGCCCCUCACACGUCCUGUCUGCUAUGUCCGGUCUGAAAUCACAGAUUCAUGUGAAACUUCUGUAAUCUGUUGGUUUUCAGAGAUCUCUGAGUCUGUUGUUUCAGAGGAGAUCACUUCAUGUUUGCUCUCUAAACGACGAACAGAUCCGUCUCUUGGAGGUCGUGGUCUCUCGAGCUGCUGAGAAAGUUAGCGCAGAGAUUCGACUGACAGACUGUGUCGGCUCGUCUUCAGAGGUCCUGAUGUCUGAUUUAGUUUCCCUGACGGAUCAUCGAAUCCUUCACGUUUCAUUUGGGUGAAUAUUUAUCUGAUGUCUCAUGAAUCAUGAACACUUGGUCAUCAUUAUAGAGAACUUGAAUCCCUGAUGCUAAAUGUGUGUUGUGUUAAGAGAGCAGCAGUCAUAGGAAACACAGGAUGUUAGUGCUUUAAGAUAUAGACCAGACCGUCGUCCACGUAGAGACGGAUACACAGGAGCGUGUCCGAGCUGCAGGAGUCUGAGCUGUAAGGCUCUGCAGACAUUAAAGAGGAUUUAGGUCUGAUUUAAUAUCACACAUUAAAUAAGAUAUAAAUAAUGAACCCACGUUAAAACGGAUGACUGAAGGGAAUCAAAACUUCUGGAGGUUCAGAGGUCAGACCAUCAGGCAGCAGGUUUCUCUGCAGACGCUAACCGAGUCACAUGUGCAGACUUUAUCAGAGCCACAGAGAGCUGAGGGGUUCAAAGAGUCUGUAUCAGCUACAGACUGCAGGACUCUGGUCUCUGGUCUCUGGUCUCUGAUCCCUGGUCUCUGGUCUCUGGUCUCUGGUCUCUGAUCUCUGGUCUCUGGUCUCUGCUGGCUUCAUGGUCAGGGGGAAGCGUUGGAGGCCGUCUUUAUUUGCAGAGUAAGACGAAGGUGGCGAGGCGGAGACUCAAACACGGACCACAGAGGAGUUUAUGUUCAUGCCGUUACAGUCUGUAUUAUCUGGAUUACAGGGAAACUUCCAUCCAUUAUCUGAGCCGCUUUAAGGUCGCAGGGGGGAGGAGCCUAUCCCGGCUGUCAUUGAGCGGGAGCAGGGUAAUCCCUGGACAGCAGCCAAUCACAGGGCUCACAGGGACUCGAGCGGCUAACCUUUAAUCAGAGACGUUUUCUAAUCAGCUGACUGACGACGAUCCUCAGAGAGACGCACACACCUGAAGACGUCUGAACACAGGUGACACACAGGAAGUGAUGUCAGCGACAUGAACCUCCAUCAGGUGUCUUUACUUUAACUCAUCAACCGUUAGCUUUAGCUGCUACGAGGCAGGUUAGCUGUCUGCGUCUAAAACGUCAGAGUCAGAGUCUGAGGUUAGACCUGUCUGUCCUCGCUGCUCCGUCAUGAGCUAACGUGUUAGAAGAGCCGUGACACGCAGUCACACGCUGACACGCAGUCACACGCUGACACGCAGUCACACGCUGACACGCCAUGACACGCCAUAACACCCCGUGACACGCCAUGACACGCCAUAACACCCCGUGACACGCCAUGACACGCCAUAACACCCCGUGACACGCCAUGACAUGCCGUCACACGCCGUCACACGCCAUGACAUGCCAUGACACGCCGUCACGCCGUGACACGCCAUGACACGCCGUCACACGCAGCCACACGCCGUCACACGCAGCCACACGCCGCCACACGCCAUGACACGCCGUAACACCCCGUGACACACCAUGACAUGCCAUCACACGCUGUGACACGGCAUGACACGCCGUGACACACCAUGACACGCCGUCACACGCCAUGACACGCCGUAACACCCCGUGACACACCAUGACACGCCGUCACACGCCGUGACACGUCAUGACACUCCGUCACACGCAGCCACACGCCGCCACACACCGUCCUCUCAUCAUAAAUGUGUAAAAAAAAAAGGGAUGCAAAGAAAGAGGAGACGACGGAUGGAUGGAGAGACGAUCACCAUCCUGGACUUCAUGAGAGACUCUGGAGGGACUCUGCAGAGCGGCAUGGUCAGAGGACGGGGUCUGGACCUGGACCUGGUCUGUGCAUGUCUCUGUAAUCUGAGUGUGAAGCCGUGAUCUCCUCCAUCAGAGCGUCCUGGGUCUAAAGGCUGAUCUCAUGUGGUUCCUCUUCUUCUUGAUGAUUUGUAUAGCUGCAGUUUUAUUAAGAUUAUUGUAUAGAUGUAUAAUUUAAUAAUAAAAGUCAAUAUAUUGUUAA